AUGGAGAAGCAGCCGGCCGACGACGACGUCAACCUCGACCUGCGCCUCAUCCACCCCACGGGGCCAGGCGGUGCGGGCAGGCACCACUACCUGCCGCCGGCCGUGGCCGACCCAGACCGCACCUUCUCGUGCACCUACUGCCGGCGCAAGUUCUACAGCUCGCAGGCGCUGGGCGGCCACCAGAACGCGCACAAGCUCGAGCGCAGCCUCGCCAAGCGCAGCCGCGAGCUCUCCGGCGCGGUGGCGGUCAGCGCGGCCAUCUCCUCCCACGCGGAGCCCCCGCCGCGGGCCUCCGAGCUCGGCAGCAGCUGGCACCCGGUGGCGCAGGGGCGAGGCGCAGGGGAUCAGGCCGCGGCGGCGGCUGUCGUGAGCUGGAUCGCCGACGGCGGAAGAAUGUACGCGUACCGCGCACACGCAGCUGCAGCCACGGCCGCGGCCGGCGACGCCGACGACAUCGACCUGUCGCUCAAGCUGUAA